AUGGCUCUUCCCGCCAAAAGUCAGAAACAACAGGGGCACAAGCCACCCCCAGACAAACCUCGCUCUUAUUCCUCCCUUUUCAAUGAACCAGAGGUAGCUCGACUGUAUGAACGAACCCCGGCCAACACGAGAACCGUAUGGCGUCGCGCAGAACACCCCAGCUCACUAUUUUACGACUUAUCCCAAGUCAAAGUAACAGACGCACAAUUUCGCACGGCUCUCAGUGAGUCCCCACUCAAAGAAGUCAUCCAUGGUGCUGUCAUCCAUCGCACCCGUAAACAUGUCAUUGCCGAAGUUGCCUUCAACGAUGCCAAAGUACGUGGUCACUACAUGCAUCUACCAGUAACGCUUGCCGAUGAAACAAAAGUUUUUGGUACACUUCCAAUCCCCGAAGACUGGGAUGUUAUCAGGAUCAACCUCUCGAACAUACCGCUAUAUAACCGACUCCAUUUGACAGAAGCUCUCAUUGCCGCUUUGAAACCUUUUGGACAAAUACUAGAACUUGGCUUAUAUCUUGAACAGCAUCUUUUCACAGGAAAAGGCUAUGUGUACCUCAAUGUCAAUCCCGACUCCAAUGACUACAAACAUUAUUCAAGUGUACCACCACUACAGCCAACUCAUACAAUAUCAGUCUCCCGUAAAGACGGAUCCUAUCCCGCCCGCAUAUAUGCAACAUGGUCCAAAAUGCCACUUCAUUGCCGUUAUUGCCAUAAUCCAGGACACACACGUAUUCAAUGCUCAUACCGACCUCAGCCAAGAUGUUAUCACUGUCAAGAAAUCGGACACCUCCGUAAAGACUGCACAAUUCGCCAUGGACCUCAACCAACAACCGACAAAACUGCAAGCCCCGAUUAUACAACACAAGAAACGCCGAUUAAAAGAAAACGAGUACCAACAUCACCAUCACCUUCGCCUACACCAUUCAGCUUCACCCCGCCAAUUAAAAACGACACCUCUCAACCCCGCCUAAAAGACAAGCCUCAUGAUCCACAUACUGACAUUGCUAUUGACCCUGACAUCCCGCACCGCAAUCUCGACAAUAUGGACACAUCCGCUACCCCAACCUCACGUGACCCGCCCACCGAUGAUAUGGUGACCUAG